AUGCGAUUACCUCGCAGCCUUCGCCCCUUCCGCCUUAUCCGACAAGAUUUGCACAACCUUCGAGUUCGCUAUGUAUCCGACUGGACAGUGUUCAACCAGCUCGUAGUAGCUUCCGCCGUCUACGUCUUUUUUACUAACUUGCUCCCCGGUAUCACCUUCGCGAGUGACCUGUAUGUGCUGACUGGGAAGUCAUGGGGAACAAUUGAAGUGGUAUUUAGUACGGGGCUCUGCGGCGUCAUAUUCAGCCUACUGUCGAUUCAGCCCCUCACAAUCCUAGGCGUGACUGGGCCAUUCUCGGUACUCGCUGAGAAUAUUUAUUCGUUAUGUAUCGGCUCUUUAAAUAUACCAUUUCUUCCCUUCAUGGCGUGGUCACUCAUCCAUGCAGGAUGGAUGCACUACCUUCUUGCUGUUCUCAACGCCCACGACUGGACCAUGCGAUACGUAACCACCUUUUCUACUGAGGUCUUCUCCCUUCUGAACAGUAUCAUCUAUUUCCACAAAGCUGUACAAGAGCUGCAACGUGCUCAUAGUGCCCUGUCUUUCGCCGCAUUCCUCUACGCUAUCAUUGGCGCAGUUGGUACUAUGCUGGUGGCCAUAUUUCUCUCGACCGCCGAGUCCUGGAGACCGCUCUUUCAUAGAUACCUUCGGAUGGGACUCGCUGAGUAUGCGGCCGCUAUCAGUAUCAUAAUCUUCAUUGGGAUGCCGCAUGUUGGAGAGCUAGCGUCAUUGGACAAGCAAACCCUGCCAGUCAGUAGCCACGCCUUUCGGCCAAGUAGUCCUGAUCGCUCUGUUUUCUUUGUCCAAUUCUGGCAUUUGCCAGUAACCUGGAUCUUUGCUGCCAUAAUUCCAGGGUUCAUCAUAACCAUCCUUUUUUUCUUUGAUCACGAGGUUAGUAGCAUCAUCUGCACUAUCGACAGAUAUGGCACCAAGAAGCCUGGUGGCUUCGCCUGGGACAUUGUAUUGCUCGGAACGACAACAGCACUCUGUGGGAUCUUGGGAAUACCGCCUGCGAAUGGGCUUCUACCUCAAGCACCUCUUCAUUCUGAGAGCCUUCUGCACCCUGAGAAAGAGCCCGCUUCUAUCUCUACAACAGGCAAGGAGGAGACAGAGGAGAAGACGGAGGAUCAAGAAGUGCGAAGGGUGUAUGAGCAAAGGUGGAGCGCUUUUCUGCACGCUGGAGUGAUCUUAUGCUUCAUCAGCCCGCCUCUUCAGCUGGUUCUCGGUCUGACUCCGACAAGUGUCUUGGCAGGACUGUUCAUGUUCAUGGGUGAGCAGAGCCUUGCAGUGAACCCAAUACUCCACCGGUCUUUCUACCUUCUCACCCCACCCUCCGAGCUACCAGCAUUGCCUAAAGCUGUCCAUGGCCAUCUUGGCGUACAUGUCUAUACAGUCGUACAGAUCGUAUUAACUGUAGUAAUUUUUAUUGUGACUUUGACAAAAGGUGCUCCUGCAUUUCCCGUCAUCAUCAUUGCUUUGGUACCGGCCAGGCUGCUGUUGAUGAGAAAGCUAUGGUGCAGAGAGACCUUAAGAUUUGUCGAUGCUUGGGCUUGCAGAGAUGGCACUCCUGAAGAUGACGAAGAUCAAAACGCUGCUACUGAACCUAGGCCUAUCGUCGAGGGUCAUAGCAACGAAGCUGAGCAACCGAACAGUCCGAUCGUGUGA